UCACCACAGGAAAUAGCCUGGUCAGGGUUCUGCCCACAUGGGGCGGUAUGGGGCAAAUCGACCCAUACUCCCCAUUUUUGAACCCAUAUGAGCUGCUUUUUUACCCAUAUGAAUAAAAUUGCCGCGAGCAUACAGGCAACACAUAAGCGUACAGAGAGCACGCUACCUUAUUUAAAUCGAGGCGGCUGUCGCAGAGCGUACACAUUUCUCAUGGAGGUCGUGUACGGGAAUCUUUUGCCACAUCACGUGAUUCUCUCCUGCUUGUUCACGUGAUUUUUGCGGAGCUUCUUCUUUCACUCAUGUCUCUCCUGCGAUACUUUCGAAAGCGAUCUCGAAUCGAGGAAUCGGAUUCUUCUGAAAGUGAAGACGAAAAACAGCCUCAAAUCUCCCAAGUUAGUUUGGUCUCUGAUCAAGAAUCCAACGACGACGAAGGCUCGUCGCAGUUCUGCGGCGACCCUAUCAACGACGAUAACGACGAAGACGGUGAGCUUAUCGACGACGAUAACGACACGGACAGCGAGCUUAUAGACGACGACGACGACGCCGAGAAUGCGAUUCAAGUAGCGGCGUCUACUUCGAGUCAUCCUACUUCUAAGAGUUCGAAUUCGAAGCGAUCGUCCCGAUUUCGAAUUGAGUGGCUGACGGGGAGAAGCUGGCUUAAGUACGAUCGUUCUACAAGGGGUAUGACGUGUAAUAUUUGCCAGAAGCACUGCUCUGGAGCUCGGCCAUUCAAGCACGAAUCAUGGCUAAAGAAGCCCUGUACGCGAUUGCGGCUUGAAAGUAUAAUUAGACACGAAGAAUGCGAGUCACAUAUCACGUGUGUGAGGUUGGAGCGUCUCGCUUCCAAGCCAAACGUUGCGUCUGCUAUCCAUCCUGUUGUUCCUGCUCAAGGAAUCGAGCAAGCAAUUGGUUGUCUCUAUUUCAUUGCUAAGCGGCGUUUGGCUCACACUACCAAUUUUGAACCGAUCCUAGAUCUGGCUUCGUGGUUGGGAGUAGAAAUUAAAAGCAAGAUUAGAGUAGCUAGAAAUGCUAUCUACACCAGUCAUAAAUCGAUACAAGAGAUGCUUUACGUCAUAUCUGAGCUCCUUGAAAAAAGAUCUCUCGACGAAUUGAAAGAUUCUGAGCAUUUUGCUUUAAUGUUUGACGAGACGACGGAUUGCACUACGCAAGAGCAGCUGGCAAUUCACGGUCGCUACAUUGAUAAUGCUACAGGAGAACUCAAAUGCACUUUCUUAAAAGUAGUGGACUUAUUGCAACCCGAAGUUGAGAGCGCUGCUGCAGGCGGGAAUAGCUGCAUUAGAGCAGGAGCAGAAACUAUUACACGUCGCAUCGAAGAGUUUAUUGAGGUUUCGGGCGUAGACCGUAGAAGACUUAGAGGAAUUGGAACAGACGGUGCAUCGACAAUGGUUGGUUGCAGAAACGGUGUAGUUGCUAGGCUAAAACGCACGGUUCCUACUGCUGUUGGAGUCCACUGUGCGGCACACCGACUGAAUCUUGCAUCAACUCAGGCAUCAAAGGCAGUGCCAUACGUCAAAGCAUUUGACAAUAUUCUUCGUCAAAUUUUUGAUUUCUUUGACAAUAGUGCCGUUAGGACGGCAGGGUUGGAAGCAAUCCAGGCGCUGCUUCAUGAAAAGGGAAAAAUGGUUGCACCUUGCGCAACAAGAUGGCUGAGCAUCGAGCGAAGUGUCAGCCGUCUUAAAGCCUGCUUUGCAUCUGUCAGCGUCAGUCUCCAGCGAGAGGCGCAGGAGAGACACGACGCUAGAGCUUUGGGCAUUAACGCAAUGAUAACAAAGCACAAGUUUAUAACGACCAUGCUCUUAAUGUGCGAUGCUUUGCCGCACGUUUCGCGCCUCUAA